AAAUAAAAAAACGAAUCAAACAUGCAGAGGAAUGCCACCAUCAAGACUGGGCUGGUGAAAUGCGCCGAGACGUCCAUGUUCUUGUGUGAAUAUUGACUCGGGAGGACGGCCAAACACAUCUCCCUGAAGCUGAUCUCCAUAGACAGCGGACACGGAGAUGAUCCCAUUAGCGCUGGCUGCAGCGGCACAUGCUCAGUUAUGCUUGUUGAAGGGGAUCUCAGUAGGCUGUGCGUGAACACUGAGGUCAUCGCCUGCGCUCAGGAAAAAAUACUCCGCGCAGCCUCCAUUUUGAGUAGUAUGAAAUAGAGGAAACCAUAGUUUGGAGCCGCCGCCGCAAACAAACUGUAAACACUAGCGAAACAGCCUCUGCCAUGGACGACUUGUUCAGUCCGCGAAGGCAGCUGAAUAGCACACAAGGAGAGAUUCGAGUGGGACCAAGUCAUCAGGCCAAGCUCCCAGAAUUACAGCCGCCUCCUGCUCACAGUACAGAGUCGGUCACAGAAAAUGAGGAUCUGGUUUGGGCACCUGGGGUCAAUGACUGUGACCUUCUCAUGUAUCUGCGGGCUGCCAGGAGCAUGGCGGCUUUUGCAGGGAUGUGUGAUGGAGGUUCAACAGAAGAUGGUUGUCUAGCAGCUUCACGAGAUGAUACCACUUUGAAUGCUUUAAAUACGCUUCAUGAAAGCCAAUACGACGCAGCCAAAGCACUGCAGUGCCUGGUGAAGAAACCUGUUCCAAAGCUUAUUGAGAAAUGCUGGUCUGAAGAUGAAGUGAAACGGUUUAUCAAAGGACUCAGACAGUACGGCAAAAACUUCUUCAAGAUUCGUAAGGAUCUACUGCCUAGUAAGAAAACGGGUGAGCUGAUCACAUUUUACUACUACUGGAAGAAAACUCCAGAAGCUGUGGCGGCACGACCUCACCGUCAGCAAAGAAGACAGCCAGUGUCUCGCAAAGUGAAAACUCGCAAUGCAACAGCUGCAGCCAAUGCAACAUCUCGCACUUCUUCCAUGGAGCUCAGUUCGGCCAGUGAAGAUGAUCUGGACAGUGAGGAUAGUGAGCAGGGUGGCAAACGUCAAGCUUGCAGUCACUGUCUAUCCACUAACUCCAAAGACUGGCAUCAUGGAGGAAGAGAUAAUGUCUUGCUGUGCUCUAGCUGUCACUCUCACUUCAGCAAACAUCGGCGUCUGCCACCUGUUCCCAAACCAGCAGACCCACCCUAUCUCUUCAAACCCGUCAAAGAAGAGGAAGAGGAAAGCAGGCAUGGCAUGAAGACCCGCCGCAGCCGCGUGCCCCCACAUAUGGCAUCUCUUCGAAGCGGGCGCAACAGGCCGACCGGAAGUCCCGAGAGGGGCAUUUCUCCGCCCUCUGAGGAUGUGCGGCCUAAUGGUCAGUCCUCUAGAGCCAGUUCCACUACAAUGACAACCAGGGCGUCCAGCUCGGAUAUCAAGAAUGGAGUUGCUGGCAAGACCAACAAGAAGAUGAAAGUAGAGGCAUCUGUAGUAAAGGGUGUGAAAAGACAGAGAGAGUCAGCUGCUCCAGAUGCUGACGAACCUGAGAGGAAAAACAUGAAACGACCAAAGAAUCAGGAGGGUCCUGAUUCUCCAUCAGAAGGUGAGGGUGAAGGCGAAAGCUCUGACAGCCGCAGUGCCAACGAGGAUGGCAGCAGUGACACUAAAGACAUUGAUCAGGACAACCGCAGCUCCUCCCCGAGCCUAGCUAGUCCCCUGCAAGCCAAUGAAAGUGACUCAGACUCUCCAGCACCACCGCCUGCAUCAGGCCCAACUACACAAACCCAGCCCCAGCCCCAGCAGCCUGCUGCAGCCCCCACAACACACACCCCAUCUGAAUCUCCACCAUCUCCUCAGCCGACUCUGCCUACAUUCUCAUCCGCACCUUCCCCUGGAGUGCCUGCAACUAGUGUUACAUCGAAGGCACCAUCUAUAGAGACAACCCAGGACGUUCCCUCUCCAACCCCUUUCAGAAGUGGCCCCAGGGCCCCCGAUGCUCCCGUCUCUUACUCAAACUCCUCAUCUCAACAGGUGCAGUGUCCAGGACAGGGGCAGUCAUUCCCUGUGCCAGCCCAUUAUCAGCACAAUUCAGGUCAGCUGCAAAAUCCUUCAUCCGGGGCAAAUCAGCCGCCAGGAUACACUUCCAGACCACUGCACCUUCAAAGAGAGAGUCCUCUUCCUCCUCUUCCUGCUACAGCAACAUCCCAAAUCAAGCCCCCUCCGACCACUCCAAUUCCACCUUCUCACAAACAGCCACCUCACCUUUCUGCACCUCCACCCCAUUUCCUACAGAUCCACCCUAAUUUACCACCACCUCCCGCUCUGAAGCCACUAGCUUCCCUGCCCUCACAGCAUUUGCCUUCCUCCCAGCCUCCUCCACUGCAUGUAAUUCCACAAAAUAACCCCGCUCCGCCUUCAGUCCUAACUCAGGCACAGAGCCAGCAGGUUAAAAGUCACAGCAGUGCGCCCCCUCCGGCCGCAGCUAGUUCUCACCCACCACUCCCCCCGAAUCGCCCUGCUCCUGAGUCUACUGCUUCAUACCCUCUUUACACUUCUCCAAUCUCUGUCCCGGCCCAUCAGCCCUCCACAUCCUCCUCAGCAAAUACUCCUGUUGGCCAAGCUAUUAUUAAAGAGGAGCCAGUUGAUGAGGAAGAGGAGUGUGAUAGUCCGCCUCCUCCUCGCAGGAGUCCCUCUCCCGCACCGACAGUUGUGGACAUUCCCAGUCACGCAAGUCAGUCAGCAAGAUUCAUCAAACACCUCAACCGAGGCUACAACUCCUGCUCUCGCACAGACCUGUACUUCACCCCCUUGGCCUCCUCAAAACUGGCUAAAAAACGAGAGGAAGCUGCUGAACGCUCCAGGAGAGAAGCAGAGCUCAGCGCUCGACAAGGACGGGAGAGAGAAAGGGAAAGAGAGCGAGAGCGGGAGAGAGAAAGAGAGCGGGAGCGAGAGCGAGAGAGAGACUCUGAUAAAGCCUCUCGUGCUUCAAGCUCAUCCCACGAUGGCCGCAUAAGUGAGCACAUUCUUGCUGCCCACGUGCAGCAAGGUCGUCCAUCAUUUGAACCACCUCCGCCCACCACUGUAGCUGCUGUUCCUCCUUAUCUUGGUCCUGACACUCCAGCCCUGCGCACGCUCAGCGAGUACGCCCGGCCACAUGUCAUGUCACCCACCAACCGCAACCAUCCCUUCUUCAUGCCCUUGGGCCCAGGUGAGCACCUGCUAGCUUAUCACAUGCCUGGGCUCUACGCAGCAGACCCAGCCCUCAGAGAGCGGGAACUUCGUGAGCUCCGAGAGCGAGAGAUCAGAGAAAGAAUGAAGCCCGGAUUUGAGGUGAAGCCGCCAGAGCUGGAGAACCCACUUCAUCCAUCAGCAAAUCCUAUGGAGCACUUUGCUCGGCAUGGUGCCCUGCCUCUGCCUCAUGUGGCUGGCCCUCACCAUUUCGCCCAGUUCCACCCAGCCAUGGAGCGCAAUGUAGCAGCUCCACCUCGACCAGAAAUCAGCUAUGCUGAGCGUUUGACGGCUGAAAGGCUCCAUGCUGAAAGGAUGGCCUCUGUUGCUGCUGGUGACCCUGUUGCACGGCUUCAGAUGCUCAAUGUUACACCGCACCACCACCAGCACUCACACAUACACUCCCAUCUUCAUCUGCACCAACAGGACCCUCUCAACCAAGGCCAAGGGCCUCAUCCCCUAGUGGACCCAUUGGCUGCUGGCCCUCCACUGGCACGUUUCCCUUACCCUCCCGGUGCCAUCACUAACCCCCUACUCAGUGAGUUACCACAUGAGCAUGAAAUGCUCCGCCACCCUCUGUUUGGAGCACCAUUCCCCAGAGAGUUACCAGGCCCACUGGCUCCGAUGUCAGCUGCGCAUCAGUUGCAAGCGAUGCAGGCACAGUCGGCCGAGCUGCAGAGGCUGGCACUGGAGCAGCAGUGGCUACACGGACAUGCACACUUACACAGCGCUCCUCUCCCCAGCCAAGAGGACUACUACAGCCGUCUGAAGAAAGAAGGAGACAAGCAGUCCUGAAAUGAACCAAUUUUCCACUGUGGAUUAUAGAGUGAAUUCUGUGUUCAGGGUAUCAGGCCUUUUGUUUCCCGAAAAACCCAGCGUGGGUUUAUCCCCAUUUUGGCACUUAUGAACGUUUGACCGACUCCUUUGUGCUGUAUGAAAUAACUAGCCUUUUGGAGCUCACUGAAUUCGCUUUCCUUGCAUGAACACUAUUUAGAAACGGUUUCUGUCAGAACUGAUAUUCCCAUGUAAUGUGGUUAUUGUGCUGAAAGCACAGUACUGUAGAUUUACUAAGUAUUUGAGAAGUGCUGUCCGAUAUCCAGAGUUUAUCACAGUUUAGUUUCAAAGUUUACUGAAACACUCGUUUUAAGAUUGUAAAUACUAUAUGUUUAAAAUAAUAUAUUAACUGUUAAAAGUUGCAAUGAUAGAUUUGGAUACAAAAAUUUCAGAUGACUUGUGUGCAAAAAGUGCAUGCUUUACAUACGCUAUCCUUCCCGUUCUUUGACAGCCUCUUCAUCUAUGCCUCAGAGUGCUCAUCAGUAUGAAAUCCACUAUUUUUGUCUGUAAUUAAAACAUUUUUAACCGUUUGAUUUAACAACGUAGACCAAAUGCAGCUUGAGUGUUAGCAUGCUGACAGUAGUUUUGAUCUUGCCCUUGUUCGGCUCUACAGAACAGUUGCUUCACUGCCGUGAUCAUUCGAUGCAGCAGACGACUGUUCAGAUCGACCUGUUUGCAGAGUUUACCGGAUACAUUGUGAUACAUUGUGUGCAGGUCAGUUACUGGGUCAUCUCUGCUUAGAACAGAAGUUUAGGACAUUAGCAAUAAAGUGCAUAUUUGUGCACUUAGCCAUUUGAACAACCAGGCUUGUUACUUUUACAUAAUCAGGUUGGUUGGGAAGGAGCACAACAUUCUCACAAUAAUAUGAAAUCCAAUAGAAACACAAGACAGAGUCAGUUUUUGAUGGUUUAUUGCAAUACACAUGUAUUGUUGUGCACUACUAUUAAUUGUUAAAUUAACAAUAGGAAACGUGAAAUGGAGUGCCAUUGUUUUGUACUGUAUGCGUACAAGCGGACAUGAGUGUUAUCUGUUAAUGCUUUUCAUAGUGGAGCUUUGAUGGGUCACUUUUUUCCCAAAACUGCCAAAAAGUCAUUAUUAUCUUCGAAUUAACACUAAACAUUUGUACUAGCGUAUGAAUAUUUUAAAUGAGGAAUAUAUUCUCAUUUUUAGUAUUCGUGUCUUUCUGUAUAUUUGUCUUCACAUGCACAGUGUUGUCUGACUGUAAUUACAAUUCAGUGACAAAUGCAUGACUAUUACAAACAGCUUGUAUUAUUUUCAACAUCAGUGAUCCAUUAAUAUGUCACACAAAAUCUCUUUUUAUUGUUUGAUCAGUACAUUUUAUUUUCAGUACUUAAUUCAUUAGUGUAUAUAUUUUUGAGGCUGUUUCAUAUAUAUGAUUUCCCCUAUCACACUGACAUCAGUCUCUGUUUAUGUGUGAUAGAAACAUUUGACACUUAGCAGCAGUCAUACUUCUGGCACUUUUUUAUACCUCCUUACAGUGCAUCCGGGAAGUGUUGAUAGCGCUUCACUUUUUCCACAUUUUUUAUGUUACAGCCUUAUUCCUAAAUGGAUUAAAUUAAUUGAUUUCCUCAAAAUUAUACACACAAUACCCCAUAAUGACAAUGUGAAAAAAGAUUUUUAAAAAUAGUUGCAAAUUUAUUGCAAAUUCACAGCCUUUGCUCAAUACAUUGUUGAUAAACUUUUGGCAGCAAUUACAGCCUCAAGUCUUUUUAAAUAUGAUGCCACAAGCUUGGCACACCUGUCUUUGGGAAUUUUUGCCCUUUGCAGUACCUCUCAAGCUCUAUCAGCUUGGAUGGGAAGCGACGGUCUACAGCCAUUUACAGAUCUCUCCAGAGAUGUUCAAUAGGAUUUAGAUCUUGGCUCUGGCUGGGCCCCUCAAGGACAUUCACAGAGUUGUUGUGAAGCCACUCCCUCCAUUGAUAUUUUGGCGGCGUGCUUUGGGUCAUUGUCCUGCUGGAAGAUGAACCAUAACCCCAGUCUGAGGUUAAGAGCACUCUGGGGCAGGUUUUCAUUCAGGAUGUCUCUGUACAUUGCUUCAUUCAUUUUUCCCUCUACCCUGACUAGUCUUCCAGUUCCUGCUGCUGAAAAACAUCCCCACAGCAUGAUGCUGCCAACACCAUGCUUCACUGUAGGGAUGGUAUUAGCCUAGUGAUGAGCGGUGCUUGGUUUUCUCCAAAUGUAAUGCCUGGCAUUCACUCCAAAGAGUUCAAUUUUAGUCUCAUCAGACCAGAGAGUUUUGUUUCAGAUGCCUUUUGGCAAAUUCCAGGCGGGCUGCUUUAUGACCUUUUCUAAGGAGUGGCUUCCAUCUGGCCACUCUACCAUACAGGUCUGACUGGUGGAUUGCUGCACAGAUGGUUGUCCUUCUGUAAGGUUCUCCUCUCUCCACAGAAGAACACUGAAGCUUAGACAGAGUGACCAUCGGGUUAUUGAUCACCUCCCUGACUAAGGUCCUUCUCCCCUGAUCACUCAGCUUAGAUGGCCGGCCAGCUCUAGGGAGAGUCCUGGUGCUUCCAAACAUCUUCUACUAAAGAAUGAUGGAGGCCACUGUGCUCAUUGGAACUUUCAGAGCAACAGAAAUUUUUCUGUAACCUUUCCCCAGCCUUGUGCCUCGAGACAAUCCUGUCUCAGUGGUCUACAGACAAUUCUUUUGUCUUCAUGCUUGGUUUGUGCUUUGACAUGCACUGUCAACCCUGGGACCUUAUAUAGACAGGUACUUUUCAAAUAGACAAAACCUUUUCAAAUCAUGUCCAAUCAACUGAAUUUACCACAGGUGAACUCCUGUGAGGUGAGCUGCUGAAACAUCUCAAGAAUGAUCAUUGGAAACAGAAUGUACCUGAGCUCAAUUUAGAGCGUCACGGCAAAGGAUGUGAAUACUUAUGUACAUGUGAUUUAGAGUUUUUUUUUAUUUGUAAUAAAUUUGCAACAAUUUCAAAAAAUCUUUUUUUCACAUUGUCAUUAUGUGGUAUUGUGUGUAGAAUUUUGAGGAAAUCAAUGAAUUUAAUUCAUUUUGGAAUAAGGCUGUUACAUUAAAAAUGUGAAAAAAGUGAAGCGCUUUGAAUACUUCCCAGAUGCACUGUAACUUCCAACAACAUUUUAUGUGCAAAUGUAUAUUCUUUACAAAUGUACUCAAAUCUGUUUCUUCAUCCAAAAACAAUAUGGAUUUUUUUUUUUAAAAAGCUUUGGCCGCAUGAUUUUUUCCCUUUCCUUUUGCAUUUAAUAGAUACAUCUUGAGCGGUAAAAAUGUUUUUUAUAUGUACACUGCAAAAUAGUUUAAUUGUGAAUUAUAUAAAUAUGUAUAGCACAGCUUGAGUCCUGAAUAUAACUGACGCGAAACUUACCAGUGGUCACUUCUGGUCCAUAUCAACAUAUCUAAAGCAAUAUAUGUCUUCUAACUGAACAAGUGUUUGUAUGGGAAAAAACUAAACUAAUGUUUCCUCCUUUGCUUUGUAUGCUUUACUUUAACGAAAUUGUCCUUUGAUAAGUUAUUUAUUGAUCGAACACCUAUUUUGUAACAUGAAUAUAUUACAUGAAAAUAUUAGACUGUUAGGAAACAUGGAAUACAACCUAAUAUGUGUAUUUACUAAAGUGUUUGGUGUGAAUUUGUGCAAAAUUAACCCUCUCCUGUACACUGGCCCCCUUGUGAGAAAGCUCUAAUACUAGAUUUUUAUAGUUCAUCCUUCUUUUACGUAUCGCCGCAAGUACUGGAUGGCAGAGAUUGCGCUCACGUUUGCCAGAAGAGCUGAGAAACAACAGAGGGAAAAUAGGAUCAUGUUAAUUUUGUGUGCUCAUAUUAUCUGAAUAAAUUGCCUAAUUUAAUAUGGAA